UCUCCCUUCACAUGACACUGUAGGCUGGUGGUCUCUUCCCAAAAGGCUUUCCAGAGGCAUUUCUCUGACCGUCUUUGACUACACAGAGAAUCCACAGAGGCUUUGUCAACAUGGACCACCAGAGGUUUUCUGGUAGAAGAGGUUCAUCUUAUGAAAGAAGGCCAUCUAUGCGACAAACGUCAUAUGAAAGAGAGAGGUCAUCUGACAGAAGAAGUUCAACUGCCAGAAGGAGAUCAUCUGCCAGAAGACGGUUGUCCGACAUGAGAGCUUCAUUUGACAGAAGAAGGUCAUCCUUCAGACGACCAUCCUUCAGACGACCAUCCAUCAGACGACCAUCCUUCAGAAGACCAUCUGUCAGACGGCCGUCUGUCAGAAGACCAUCUGUCAAAUGGUCAUCCAUCAGAAGACCAUCUGCCAAAUGGUCAUCCAUCAGAAGACCAUCUGCCAAAUGGUCAUCCAUCAGAAGACCAUCUGUCAAAAAAAAAUUGUCUUUCAAAAGUGCGACAUAUUUCCCACCAGGUAAUCAGGACACCGGAAUUUGUUUAAGGUUCCUCUAAACAUCUGUAUACACAAAGCGCAUUUAAAACACAUGACCUCCCACAAAGAAAUGUGGGAACUGCAGUUUGUUAACUAUGCUGGACAACUUAGUUCUGUAAAAAGUAAACCAUAGUUCCCAAUAUUCUUUGGGGGGAGCCAUGUGCCACAUUGUCCUAUACAGUAGUCUUGGCUCCAUGAAUUAUGGGUUUGCAUCUCAACACAGGCCCUACCUGGGAUCCUGUGUCCAGUUCUGGACACUAUGGUUUAAGAAGGAUAUUGACAAGCUGCAACAUGUGCAGAAGAGGGCAACCAAGAUGAUUAAGGGUCGGGAAUGGGUGAGGGAGUUGGGUAUGUUUAGCCUGGAGAAAAGAAGUGAUAGGAAAGCCAUCUUCAAAUAUCUGUAGGGCUAUCACAUGGAAGGUGAAGUAAGCUUGUUUGCUGCUGCUCCAGAGGCUAGGAGCUGAACCAAUGUAUUCAAAUCUAAAGAUAGAAGAUUCCAACUAAACAUUAGGAAUAACAUUGUGACAGAGCUGCGGGUCAAUGGAAUGGAUAACCUUGGAGGUGGUGGACGCUCCUUCAUUGGAGGUUUUUAAACAGUGGUUGGGUGGCCAUCUGCCAGGGAUUCUUUAGCUGUGACUCCUGCAUUGCAGGUGGUUGAACAGGACAAUCAAUCCCUGGGAUCCCUUCCAGCUCAGUAGUUCCAUGAACACUCCUUGUUUUCUUUUCAGGAUUCCUAAAUGAACCUCUCAGAUGUUGAUAGUCUGGUAUCGUGGCCAGGAUCCAAAGAACUGUGCAACUAAUUCCAGUUUGCCCAAUGGGGCUUUGGGGGCUCACAUUUCUCCAACAGCAGUCUCCAAUGCUUCCUGGGGAAAGUCUUUUGAAAGCUAGUAUGUCUCACACAGUUCUUUGGGUCCUAACCCUUGGAAAUAAUACAUCUGGAAUGAAAUUGAUUUGCUCUAUAACUCUGAGCUUAAGUUUUGGGAACUGGGUCUUGAAGCCCAUUAAGCUAAGGAGAAUUGUAUGCUUGAAGCAGGUGCUCAGAGCAACCUUUGGUCCUUCAGGUGUUGCAGAGUAGAACUCUCAUCCUCCCUGUCCCAUUGGCCAUGCUUGCUGGUACUGGUGCAAGCUGUGGUUCAGCAACAUCUGGAGGGCCAAAUGUUCUCCUGCACCUGGCCCAGAGGGUUAGGCCACAUGAGCUUUGCAACAUGUCCAAAUUCUCUUCCUUAGCAGAUGAAGAAGAAACCUCAUCAACAGACUCUGAUGAUUAUUACAGCUGGGACACAGGUGAGUGUGGCAAAUUCAAUACAGUCAAAAGAAAGGAUUUCUUCACACAGUGCAAGAUUAAUUGCUGGAAUUCACUGUCACCAGAUGUUGGGGUGCUCAAUAGUUUCAAUAGUUUAAAAUGGGAAUUAGACAAAUUAAUGGAGAAUAGAGUUAUCCGCACCUGUUAGGCAGGAUGCUCAAAAGUAGUUGACCAUAGGAACAUUGGAAGCUGCCCUAUACUGAAUCAGGCCAAUGGUCCAUCUAUCACAGUUUUGUUAGCACUGAUGGUUCUCAUGGUUUCAGGGAGGGAAUCUAUCCUAGCCCUACCUGAAGAUGCCAGGGACUGAAACAAAGAUCUUCUGCGUGAAAUACAGAUGCUCCACCCCUGAGCACCCUAUGUCAUGGACUGGUUGGACGCAGAGGAAUGGUGGGAGGAACCAACUGGGGAACCACCAAAGAAAGAAGUCUCAGAGGCUGGGGAGUGGUGAUGGAACAACAAUGAGUGGUCAGAGGGAGAAAAGGGAGAAGACUGCGAGGAGGUGAUAUUGAAAGCUGAACAGGCAACAGGGUUUAGUGAGCUGGAAGAGUCUGUGGCGGAGAGAAGUUCAGAGACAGUAGCUGAAGCAGAAGGGUGGGAGGAGGGAGACCAAGAUGCAGAUUAGUCAGGUUGGUGAAGUCAUGGGUAUCUCCCCCUCCUGUUGCAACCAGCUCCCCUCCCCCACCUCCAUUUCCCAUAAUCAGAAGUGUUGAAACAGGUGGAGCAGUGAUAGGCUGCAUGCAAACAUAGUCUCCGAUUGCUUGGGGAAAAGCCCUGGGGAGGAGGGGAUUUAGAUGACUGUGGGGAGGCGGGGACUUUCAGUAUCAGCCACUGAUUAAUGAGGUAAGACCUACUGGAGAUGAACUGCUGUGUUUAUUUGGCCUGGCACUCAGCCAAGAGUUAACUCCAAAUUUGAACAGUGUGAUUUACUGCAGGCUCACUUUUUGACACCCUACCACUGGAUACCAGUUUCUAGUGGGGGGAGGGAGGCUGUUGCUAGCAUGCCCUCUUCCUGUAAGCUUCCCAAAUGUAGGGUUGCCAUAUUUCAAAAAUUGAAAAUCCGGACACAAAAGUUGUUGAGCUUUAUUAAUGAAAUUUGCCAAAAUCCACACUUCUGACAUGGGUUGCCAUACAGUCAGAUUUUCCCGGACAUUUGAGCAAUUUCCGCCCAGACGCUGUUUACAAGGGCUGAAUACCGGCUCUGUCUGGGAAAUUCCAAAAAGUAUGACAGCCCUAGCAAAGGCAUCCAUUUGAGCAUUGUGGAAAACUGGAGACUGGACUCAGUGGAUCUUCCAACAGGGAUUUUGUUCUUCGGUGUCACCAGAUUCAAAGAGCUACUGCAGUGAAUAGAGGCUCUGCCAGGCAACCAGUUUAUUCAGCGUUCAUUCUAAUUUGCUUGCAUGAAACUUAUACAGUGAUUAGACCAGGCUUCCUCAACCCCGGCCCUCCAGAUGUUUUGAGGCUACAAUUCCCAUCAUCCCUGAGCACUGGUCCUGCUAGUUAGGGAUCAUGGGAGUUGUAGGGCAAAAACAUAUGGUGGGCUGAGGUUGAGGAAGCCUGGGUUAGACUAUGGACCCCUCCAGAAUGAUUGGGGGGGGGGUUGGUGGGAGGAGAGUUGGGAGCGCAUUGCACAACAUGUCAUUGAUUAAAUCACUAGUAUUUAAUCAUUGACAUGUUGCAUUGCUCAGGGUUUUACACUGGACCAUCUAUCCACCAGGAUGCAUGGACAGCCAGUUCAAAAGCACGUCAAAGUGCAAAUAGAUAAAUAGGUAUCGCUCUGGCAGGAAGGUAAACGGCAUUUCCGUGCGCUGCUCUGGUUCGCCAGAAGCGGCUUAGUCAUGCUGGCCACAUGAGCUGGAAGCUGUACGCCGGCUCCCUCGGCCAGUAAAGCGAGAUGAGUGCCGCAACCCCAGAGUCGUCCGCGACUGGACCCAAUGGUCAAGGGUCCCUUUACCUUUACCUAUCCACCAUUCUGUUUUAUUAGUUGUCCUUUAAUGUUUCCCCAGGGUUACCACUUGGAGGGGCACAUAUGAACCAAAGUGCAACAAAAGCCGGGGGGGGGCACUCCAGAACAUUUUUGGUAUAAAAAGUCACAGGACUUCAGCAAGAAGCUAAGGGGCAUGCACUAACAAAGCAGUAUGUCCGCCCAGAAGCUUUUGCAGGCGCAAACAAUAGUGGAUUGCUUUCUUUCUCAUUUAGAUGAAGAUACCAGUUCAGAUAUGAGUGGAUCUGAACAUACUUUAAGUGCCACUGUGAAGACAAAUAUCCAAAUGGGAGAGCAGGGAUUAGGCUUAAUCCUCAUUCAGAACGGGCCCUACAUCCAGAUCUCAAGCCUGGUUGAGAAAAGUGCAGCAGUAAGAGAUGGGAAACUCCAACCAGGUAAGCAGGUGGAAACAACCUCAAACCUGCGGGGUGCAUGGCUGGUAUGUAGUAGGAACAGAAAGAGCUUUUACAGCAGCAAAGGAAAACCUCUCCCAUGGAACUCCCUCUCUUCCACUGCUUGUUGCAUUAGACCCAAAUUAGUCGUAACUAUUAAUUUCAACAACGCUAUACUGAGUGGGACCAGCACCACACAUCAAUGAGAUGUAGGCAGUGUUUUAUUUUAUUAAAAAGAAAAAAUGGUGACGGUACUCACCAUGAUGUUGUUACACUUAAUAUGGUCGGGGGUGGGGAGAUGCUGGUACUGAGUACCAUUGAGUACCUCCAUGAUCACUGGAUGUAGGAACUACCAGGUUAAGCAAGCCAAGAGUGCAUUCUGCAAACAACUUCCCCCAAACUAAUAGCUUUCCUUUCCUUCCAGGUGACAUCCUGAUUAAAAUUGGGCAUGCUAAUGUCCUAGGGUGGACACUACGAGAGCUAAGGCAGCUUCUACACACCACUCUCAUUGGGACCGUUCUGCAGAUCCAAGUUUACAGGGAAUUUAUGAAAUUACCAGUCCGAUGGGAAACUGCCAUCGACAGCAUACCUGAAAGAAAGGGAGCCAAGCUAGGAGAGUAAGAAACAAUACAUUUCUAGUUCACUAUUUGGGUAAAGGUCAUGAGAGUGCUGGGAGGCGGGAGAGGGUUGGAAAUCUAAUGGUAACAUUAUCUGACCAUGUCAACUUCCUGAAAUGUGUUGUAUCUCAGUGGAAGUGUAUCUCAGUGCAUACACUUUGCAUGCAGAAAACUCCAGGUUCAAUCCCUGGGCUCUCUCUUCCAAGGGGUAUAAAGACCCCAUCAGAAACUCUGAAGAUCCAUUGCCUGUCAAUGUUGAGCAGGGAGGGAUGGGGAACCUCAGGCCUUGGGGAGAAAUGUGGCCCUUCAGGCUUACCUAUCUGGCCCUUGGGACUCUUCCCAGACCACCCGAGCACUGGUUGUGCUUCACAUCCUAAAUCUUUUUGCAUGGCUGGCAGGUGCUCUUGGACUCUGCUAAUACCUCUUGCUUGCCUGGACAGAGGAUCGAGAAGGAUAUGUGCACGGAGAACCUAGACAACCAUGUGAAGGUGGAAUCUGCCUGUAUUGCUCCACUCAUUUAUGGAAUGCUCUCCCUAGGGAGGCUCACCUGGUGCCUUCAUUAUAUAGUUUAGGCACCAGGCAAAAACGUUCCUUUUCAACCAGGCCUUUGGCUGAUUAAUAUCCUACAGCCUGUUAAAUGUGUAUGUGGGAAGGGGGGUAUUGUUUUACUGUUUCGAUUUACUUAUUUACUUGUAAAUCCUGUUUUUAUCCUGUAUUUUAUACCCUGAGAUCUUAUGAUGAAAGGCGGUAUUAAUAAUAAAUAAUAAAUAAAUAAUAAUAGCAGCAGCAGCAGCUCGGGCCCUGCUCCAUCAGUAGCAUGCAGCUCCCAGGUGUUUGGCUGCCCAGAUGGGAAGGUGGUCAUCUGGCUGAAAAAAGGUCCCAACCCCCACUUUGGAACAGCUAAAAAUGAGCCAGUAGUUAGAUGGUGUAAGGGAAGCAGCAGCAUUGCUCCCUUGCUCAGUUGUGAAAGUUUCAUCUGGUAAUUAGCAAAAGAAAUUGGAAAACACAUACCACACAAUGGAGUGAUGUUUUGUAAAAAUUAAUAUUCAGGAACACAUGGAGUAACAGUUAUUCUAUAAACUGGGAUAACUCCAUUCAGUGAAAUGAACAGAGUCCCUAGUAUCAUUUAGCAGAAGCUUCUUGUUCUUGCUCUUCCUCCUCCUAAUUCCAGGACUUGAGGAAAUAAGGGAUAGAAGAAAGGGGUGUUCUAACCCAAGCUGUUAGGAUGAGAAAGAGGAGCCAGUGAUCAUGGGAGCUACUGGAAGGAUGAGCUGUAGUGUUUCAUCUGAUGGCUGUCACCAAUGCAAGUCUUCUUUGCAACCACCCACACCCUAUAAAAUUAACCAGUAAAGAGGUCUCCACCACAACAGUUUGACAUCAAAAUCCACCUAAGCACUGUUUGCAGACCUUGAAGUAGCAGAGCACUAGCUUUUCCCAAGCACAUAAUUUAUAUUUAAUAGGCUGCUCUAGCCUAGUGACUUAAUGCAUACAAUUAUUAUACACAAUUUCCCCCAUCUCCAAGGAGCUUGUAAUGUUAUGUUACAAAAGAGGUGGAGGAAACACAGCACGGAAGCCAGAAGUGCAGGGAGUAGAGGGUCAGCUGCUUUAUUUUAAAAAUGCAGGAGGGUGUUGAUAGUAGGAUACGUUGAUUGGUAAUAUGAUAGCAAUAAUCUAGGCCAAACAGGAAACAUAUAGCAACAGGGGAAGCUGACAUAUACUGAGGCAUGCCUCUGGUCUAUCUAUACAAAAGGUGGGGAACCUUUUCUGGCCAGUGGGAUAAAUCCUUAUCUCCCAACCCCCCAGCAGGCCAUCCAAUCAACUGACAUCACAAUGACAUCAGGUAAUGCUGCACUUUGAAGCCCCAAUUGUUGGGACUUCAAAGUGCAUCACAGGGGUUAUCUGAAAGCUCUUUUGCAAGCAGACCCCCAGAAGAGGGAAGAGGUUUCCAAUGAAACUAUUGUUUAAUUGAACCUGGGACUGUUCUGCUUGCAAAGCUAUGUUCUGUCACUGAAUUGCAACCCCUUCCCGAGUUACUAAAUGCCACAAGUGGCCAAAGCACUUCUUUAAGAUCUGCCCUCUAUGAAUCAAAUAGAAGCAAUCCUUACAACAUUACUGCUUUCCAAGACUCUCUGUGUUGUGUUCAUUUCAGGACGUCAACUUACACCAGUGAAGAAGCUUGGUCGAGCAGCGAAGACUCUGAAGAUUAUGAUUGCGGCUGUCAUGUUAGUGACGACGAGGAGCUUAUUGGUGGGAGCCAUGUCGUCAGCUUCGGUAGUGAUGAGAUCUAUACUACAACCGAAGUCACUGAGGUUCCUGUUAACAGAACUGUACAUGCCGAUGCUUUUCCUAAUGUCAAAGCUGUACCAUCACUUUCUUUUGAAACUUCUAAGCAACCCAAGUGGAUCUCUAAAGACUGGCACAUCUUUGAAAGGAAAACCUACACAUUUACCGUGGGCUCAGACAUUGGUAACGACAUUAUAAUUCAUAAGGACUUUGAAGAUGAAAGUGAUGCUGACAUUUCAAGUUUGUAUUUAACGUCCUCAUCGCCAUAUUGGACUAUGCUAAAAGGUGUUGCGCCGCCAUCAUUGUCAUCUUCCUCCUCUACUGUGUCGGAUGCAUUUUGGCUUGAAAACUUUUCUCAAGAAGUUGAAUGAGGCAACUGGUUCCAGUUUUGCACCGCCAGGAACUGGGUUUCUGAAACUGGAUCCAGUUAUAAGCUGGAUUUUCACUCAUACAACCUCUCCGCCAACUGAUGGGUUUCGUCUGUUUGGCGAGCAGAAAACGUGGGUGUUUGAAAGAAGCGAUGCUCCCUCUUUCGAGGGAAGGAGAGAAUAAUCUCAACAGUGGAGAAAUAACUACAGUCAGUUUUCAUAUAGACAUGUCUCUGGAAGUCUAGCAGCCAAGCUAUAUAGCACAACUGCAAGAGCAGAACUUUGCCAUCUUCUGCUUGUGAAGGUAAGGAACAGUAUUACUUCAAAAUGAAUUAUGCCAGACUCGAAAUUAAUCUAACCCUUGCCACUUUUUAGCUGAACCAUUAGCAAAGAUUAGGGAAUUCUGUUCUUAGCAUUUUACUGCAACACACACGCCCACACACAUUUGGAAACUCAGUAUCUGUAUGCAGGAAUGGGUUCCCUGCACCCCACAAUUCUGGUCCGUGUAGCCUGAUGGUAUGACAUGCGCCAAACAAUGUACAAUCCUCAAGCUUGUCAAGGGCCCCUUGGCUUAUCGUAACAACCAAAGUUUCCCCAGUGGUGCCAAAUUGAUCCACGCCUACUUUAUAUCUGACCCCUCCUUUAAUUACUUAUAUCCUACCUUUUAAAGGGGGAAAGAAAACCAUCCCAGUCCCACUUUUUAAUGCUUUAUACAGUUCAAUAAAUUUGGUGUCAACACUAAGGAAGAAUUUGGAAUGUUGUGAAUCCCCUCCAUCACCACAAAGGGAGGGAUUAUAUUUUGUAUAUAUACACCCCAUUUCAACUAGCUCUUUGUGUUCCUAAAGCAGGUUAAGUGUGCACGAUUAAUUAAGCACACUUACAUACCCCAUUGUUUUAAAAUGCUUUAAGCAUUUGAACUUUAGAAGAAUUAAAGGCAUUCAACAAUUCUCUUGAGAUUUUGACUCUCACAAGGCCAUCCAAUGAACCCAUUGGCUGUGGUGAGGUUUUAACCUGGGCUUCCUCAAUCAGUUCACCAGCCACAAGACCGAACUAGCUCAGAACAAAAAAGCAGAUACUCAGGGUUGUGCUCAACUUACACAAUUCCAUAUUAAGCACCAGAUGCUGCCAUAAGAGCAACAGAAAAUGCUUUAAGUGCAUAACAAUACAGAAGACACAAAGAUACUGAGAAUCCUGUUAAGAGGAUGAGCUCUGCACUUUAUUUGUGUAAGUGUACUGAAAGUAACCUACAGCGCCAAAGCAUUAGGAACUCAUAAAUAAUACAGGACGAUAAUGACAGUCAACACAACUGUCUUAGAACAGAGUCCAUUUUGAGGCUGUGCCUCAUGUUCAACUUCUUACAACUCAUCCACAAAAGGGGUGUUUGCCAAAUCCCCACUAGCUGCCAUUGACUUCUUCCCACUAACAAACUUCUUUGCGGCCUGAAAAAUAAAGCAGAAAGAUAGCAGAGGACAAAAUGUUAGGUGAUUGAGGCAUCAUCCGCUUUGGAAUCAGCAAACAGAAUCACUGUAUUUGAAGAGUGGCUAUUUUUGAGCUUUAAAGGAACUGCUGAAUUAGAAUUUGGCUUGCAGCGGGUGUAGGAAGAGCCAUUUGUGGGGCAGAAAGCCAGUGUUGGCAUUCAUUUAAUAUAUUUGUAUUCUGCAUUAUACCAAAUCUAGGUCUCUGUGGCAGCUGGCAAAGGACAAAAAUGAGAAGCAAACCCAGGCACAGAGGACUGCAAACGCCCCAAACGCAAAGGGUAACACCAGCCAAGUGCCAUUGGAAGUGUGGGGGGAAGGAAACAUUUAGGGUCAACACUUCACAGAUACAGCU